GGUGGUGCGAGCGUGUGUGCGCGCGUGUGUGUGUGUGGAGCUCGGGUGCCGAGGGCGAGCCGUCAGCCCCCAGGGCGAGUCCCCCGCGUCUUCCACACUCUCCCUUCCUCCCCGCUUCCUCCCUGCAUCCUGUCGGCGACCCCGACCCCACGGUCGCGUACCGAGCGGGGCCCCGCAAGCAGGUGUGAGGGGCGUGAGGGGUCGCACGAGACAAAGGGGGCUCGGGGGUGAGCCCGCCAUGGCCUCCCGCAGCCUGGGGGGCCUCAGCGGGAGCCGCGGCGGCGGGGGCGGCGGCAAGAAGAGCCUGAGCGCCCGAAAUGCUGCGGUCGAGAGAAGGAACCUGAUCACUGUGUGCAGGUUUUCUGUGAAGACCCUGAUUGAUCGGUCUUGCUUUGAGACAAUUGAUGAUUCUUCUCCUGAGUUUAACAAUUUUGCAGCUAUUUUGGAACAGAUUCUAAGCCACCGACUAAAAGAGAUUUCCCAAAGUUGCAGAUGGCUGGCUUAUCUCCAAAUACCUCUUCAAGGUCAAGUUACCUGGUUUGGUUAUGAAAGUCCUCGAAGCUUCUGGGACUAUAUCAGAGUGGCUUGCCGGAAAGUUUCACAGAAUUGCAUCUGCAGCAUUGAAAAUAUGGAAAAUGUCAGUUCUUCUAGAGCUAAGGGUAGAGCCUGGAUCAGAGUAGCACUCAUGGAAAAACAUUUAUCUGAAUACAUCUCUACAGCUCUGAGAGACUUCAAAACAACCAGGAGAUUUUAUGAAGAUGGAGCAAUUGUCUUGGGUGAGGAAGCAAAUAUGCUUGCUGGCAUGCUGCUAGGACUCAAUGCUAUUGAUUUCAGCUUCUGCCUAAAGGGAGAGGGAUUGGAUGGCAACUUUCCUGCUGUAAUAGACUAUACUCCAUAUUUGAAGUUUACCCAAAGUUCUGAUAGUAUCAGCAGUGAUGAGGAGGAACUAAGGACUUUGGGAAGCAGUGGUAGUGAAAGCAGUACUCCAGAGAAUGUCGGACCUCCUUUCAUCACAGAUGAGAACUGUUGGUUCAACAAGUGUAAGAGAGUUAAACAAAAGUAUCAGCUUACGUUGGAACAGAAGGGUUAUCUUGAAGAACUCUUACGACUUCGAGAAAACCAAUUAUCUGAAUCUGUCUCCCAGAAUAAAAUACUACUUCAAAGAAUUGAAGAUUCUGAUCUGGCCCAUAAAUUGGAGAAGGAACAAUUAGAAUAUAUAAUUGUGGAACUUCAAGAUCAGCUGACUGUGCUAAAGAAUAAUGAUUUAAGAUCAAGACAAGAGUUAACUGCCCAUCUCACCAACCAGUGGCCUUCCCCAGGAGCUCUGGAUGUCAAUGCCGUUGCCUUGGAUACGUUGCUUUACCGAAAACACAAUAAACAGUGGUAUGAGAAAAGUUAUCAAAGUCUUGACCAGUUAUCGGCAGAAGUUAGCCUUUCUCAGACUUCACUGGAUCCAGGCCAGUCACAAGGAGAUGGAAAACAAGACGCAUUAAAUUUAAUCAGUGAAGGUAAAGAAGAUACUCCCUCAUUACUUGGUCUCUGUGGGUCUCUAACAUCAGUGGCAAGUUACAAGUCUCUAACAAGCCUAAAAUCUAACGACUACCUUGCAAGUCCUACAGCAGAGAUGACAAGUCCAGGCUUAACACCAUCCUGAAAAGUUUUACGUAAAAGCCAAAAGUUUUAUGUUGUAAACGUUCAAUUUUACAUAAGUUUGACUGCUGGGAAGACCUUUGAAAUUUUAUAUUGUUCUGGUUUAUGUCUGGAAUUCUGUUGCUUAGAGAGUUCAGUCCACUCCUUGUAAACUUCUGAGUGAAAAACAUGCUGCCAUUUUCAUUUUAAAAAUUCUUCUAUUUGUCAUUGAGGAAGUUUAAAAAUGAAUAGGCUUUUAAAAACUUUCAAAGAUCCUCCAAAUUAAUAAUGCAUUGCAAAUUGUACAUAUUUAUUAUUCAGCUGAUUUUAUAUAUAUAAAUGUAUCUUAGUGGCCAGAGACUGAGUUCAAGAUUUUAUUCCAAAGGUAUAAACUAAGUAUUUUUUCACUCUUAUUUAGUGACUAAACUUCAAAAAAGAUAACUUACUAAUUUAAUAUUUUCAUUAAUUUCUUCCUAAGUUCUGUUUUAAAUGUCUUGUUUUUAGUAUCAGGGGAAGGUUCUCAGCUGCAUUUUCUCAGUGGCUUACUCAUUUUUCUCCAACAUUUAUCAUUUGGUAUAAACAUUCCACUUAACACUUUAUAAAUUUUGUAGGAAUGUGCCUAUUUAGGUAUUUACUGACUUAAUUUGUUAGGGCCAUCAGGAAAGCAUUUUAUAGUAUCUUAAGCCGUUUAGAUAAAAUGAAUAAACUUCUCAUCUUUGUUUUCCCAAUAUUUUCUUAAAAGCUUAUCAAUUUAAUAUAUUAUCAAGUAUGCCUCAAAAGAUAGAAACAUUCAAGUUCAAUGAAGGAUUUUUAGUGAAAAGUUCAAUUCAAGGAUCAGCAAGCUAAUCAUAGUGAACAAGAAGAAUGUUUGACUUAGUGCUGUUUUUUUCCCCUUGUGUACAACAAUGAAUUGCCAUGUAUGUUUCCAGCCUCUAUCACUGAUCAUGCCAUAAUCUCAUUUUAAAACUGAUUUUAAUAUUGAAAAUCCCUAUACUUCUACAGGUAUACUUUCUUUUUAUAAAAGCUAUAAUCUGUAUUUUAAAUCUUAUUGCAGUUUUUGAAACAGCUACAUUCACCCCUAAAAAUUCCACCAUAUUGAAAAAUAAAAUAUAUGGAGUGUAUUUUCUAUGGUAAGUAAUAUGAGGAAAAAACAUGAUUAGUUGUGCCAAAGAAGUUUUAUACAUUGUUUACAUGAAAAGGCCACAGUACUUAUUGGGGAAUUCAUAUGGUAUUUUUGUUUAUUAAUAAAACAUUACAUUCAGGGAGAUGUAAUUUGAGAAUGUUCCUCCAAAAACUAUUUUAUUGAGAAGAGGCAAGUGUUGAAUUUAUCACUUAUUCUUUGUAUUAGAAAUGUAGGAGUGUGGUGGUUCUCUGCAACAUUUAGAGCUUAGUCUCAUAAUUUGGAAUUUUUAGAUAAUAAAUUUUAAGACCAGCUCUUAUAUGUAGGACAGUCCAAACAAUGUCACUUCAGGGACAAAGUAGGCCUGGAAGCCCUUAAAAUAAGUUAUCGUAGAUGUGCCAGAACAUAUUCAGAGCUUUAUCCCUUAGCUUAAGACUUUAAAUACUUGCAAAAAUGCAAAUAUUCUUGAAAAAUGGUACCUGUAUCAUCAAGUCUGUAUACCUUGUGAGUGAAAUAUCCAAAGCAGUUUUUAAUCAGCAUAAGAGAUGGAAGCCGGGCUCGGUGGCUCAGCCUGUAAUCCCGCGCCUUUGGGAGGCUGAGGUGAGUGGAUUGCCU